UUGGUGGAUGGAAUCAUCAAAUAGACUGAAAUAUUCGGUGCCAGGAAAGGAAGCACUACCUAUCUCUGAUACUCUCGACCUUAGGAUGUUUGUGGGAACGUGGAAUGUUGGAGGGAAAUCGCCAGAUGAGAAUUUGGAUUUAAGGGAUUGGUUAAAGCUGUCUUCACGGGCUGAGAUAUUUGUUAUUGGGUUCCAAGAAAUUAUAGCUCUGAAUGCAGGGAAUGUUCUUGGGCCUGAAGAUAACGGCCCAGCAUCAAAGUGGCUUAACCUUAUUCACAAAGCACUAAACCCUAAAGAUGACAUCAUUAUUGAAGAACAAGUACGACAUCAAGAAGAAAGAAGUAUCAAUUGUAAGGCUAGGAUGAGUAGUGUAUCUAAAUGGCUUUGUUUAGAGGAGGAAUUAUUGGAGUCAGAGGAAUUUGGGGACAUGAUAAAUAAUAAAGUGCAUAGAAGUGGUGGUGAUGAUGAGAAGAAACAAGGUUAUUGCUUAGUAGGAAGCAAGCAAAUGGUGGGUAUAUAUUUGUGUGUGUGGGUAAGAGAAGAUCUUUGCAAGCAUGUCAGUAAUUUCAAGGUUUCUUGUGUUGGUAGAGGCAUCAUGGGCUAUCUAGGAAAUAAGGGUUCAAUAUCAAUUAGCAUGACAUUGUACCAAACAAGUUUCUGCUUCGUGUGUACACACUUGGCCUCUGGAGAGAAAGAUGGCGAUGAAGUCAGAAGAAAUUUGGAUGUCUCCGAAAUAUUAAAGAAAACCAAAUUUUCUCACUCAUUCAAACCCCUUUCUCAUCAUCAUGAUAAUCCACUACUCUCUCCUGAAACUAUAUUGAAACAUAAUAAGAUUAUUUGGCUUGGUGAUUUGAAUUAUCGGCUUGCAAGUGGUUACGAUGACACGCAUGAGCUUCUAAAGAAGAAUGAUUGGCACUCACUAUUAGAGAGGGAUCAACUAAGGAUAGAGCAAAGAGGUGGAAGAGUGUUCAAAGAAUGGAAAGAAGGGAAGAUAUAUUUUGCUCCUACUUAUAAAUACUUGGACAAUUCUGACCAAUAUGUUGCUCAAACUUCCAAGUCCAAGGAAAAUCGACGUACCCCCGCUUGGUGUGACCGAAUUCUAUGGAAAGGUGAAGGGAUUGAACAAUUGUGGUAUGUAAGAGGAGAGUCAAAAUUCUCAGACCACAGGCCUGUCUAUUCACUCUUUUCAGUUCAAGUGGAUUAUUUGAAAUGUGAGAAGCUUAUAACAACAACUACUACUUCCUCUUCUUUUGCAACUACCACCACAUCAGAAAUCUCAAGGUCAUCAUGCCUCUCUAGGAGCACCAUCACAAAUGCUGCCUUGUCGUCUUCUUCGUCGUCAUCGUCGUCCAGUGCUGCCAAAAUCCAAGCAGGGGAGCAGCUCCUGUUAUUAACUAGGGCUCAUCAAAGUUGUGUAGAUGUCGGUUUUGGUUGAAAAUAGCGUAGAUAUAUAUAUAGUCUUAUUUCAUAGAGUUAAUAAGUUAUUUCUAAGAUUUGAACCAUUUUCAACUUCCAAGUCACAGAGUAACAAUAAUAGGACUGUGUCAAAGUUCACUCUAACCCCAAGUUUUGACUAAUGUUCUAAUGUAAUUUUCUAUUCAAACAUAAUAUUCAACUAAUUUAACGGUACAUUGAUUAUUA